CUGCUCGCUGUGCGCUGUGCGCUGUGCUGUGCUGGGCAGCCGCAUCCGCAUCCGCCUCAGGGCGGAGCCGCAGGGGGGGCAGGGGCCGAGGCUGGCGGCGCUCCACCAAGUAAAGCAAAGGAGGAAUCCCCAACCCAUCCGCUGUUUGUGAGUUUGUUGUUGCUUUGCUGCCGCUCAAACCUAGAACUCAAUUAUUAUUGCAGAUCGAUCCAUCUAUCCAUCGACUAGAUAGAUAGAUAGAUAGAUAGAUAGAUAGAUAGAUAGAUGCUCCUCCGCGAUUGCAUGGCGCCGCCGCCAUGCCCCCGCAUCCCGCCGUCCUGACCCCAACCACGUCCCCUGUGGGAAGGCGAGCGAAAACCUCAGCCGCACCAACCACCAGAGGAACAGGAUGGCCGACAGCGGCGGGCUCAGCGCCAACAACGCCGCCGCCGCCGCCCACGACGACGACGACACCAACAGCGCACCUUUCCCCGACACCGUCCAGGUCGGAGGAUCCCCCGAGUACAAGGUCGACAGGAAGCUGGGCAAAGGUGGCUUCGGCCAUGUCUUUCUUGGCCGACGCCUAACUGCCGCACGCUCCUCGGCUUCUGCUGCCCAAGAGGUUGCCAUCAAAUUUGAGCACACUAGCAGCAAGGGCUGUAGCUACGGCCCUCCGUGUGAAUGGCAAGUCUACACCGCUCUAGGGGGCACGCAUGGCGUGCCCAAGGUGCAUUAUAAAGGCCGCCAGGGUGACUACUAUGUCAUGAUUAUGGAUAUGCUGGGGCCUAGCUUGUGGGAUUCUUGGAAUUCAUUAGGCCAAUCCAUGUCAUCGGAAAUGGUGGCUUGCAUUGCCGUGGAGUCCAUUUCCAUCCUGGAAAGCAUGCAUUCUAAAGGAUAUGUGCAUGGAGAUGUCAAACCUGAGAACUUUCUUCUGGGUCAGCCUUCAACGCCUCAAGAAAAGAAACUUUAUCUUGUGGAUCUUGGAUUAGCAACAAAGUGGAGAGAAUCUGCUAGUGGACAGCAUGUUGGUUAUGACCAACGUCCUGAUGCCUUUAGAGGAACUGUAAGAUAUGCUAGUGUCCAUGCACAUUUAGGAAGAACCGCUAGCAGAAGAGAUGAUUUGGAAUCACUUGCCUAUACACUAGUAUUUCUUCAUCGGGGCAGGUUGCCAUGGCAAGGAUACCAGGGCGAUAAUAAAUCAUUUUUGGUGUGCAAGAGAAAGAUGAGUACCUCGCCUGAGAGCCUUUGCGGCAUAUGUCCUCAACCUUUCAAACAGUUUCUUGAGACUGUUGUCAACAUGAAGUUUGAUGAGGAGCCAAACUAUUCCAAGUUGAUUUCUUUGUUUGAUAGUUUAAUUGGACCAAACCCUUCCAUCAGACCAAUCAAUACUGAUGGAGCCCAAAAGGUAGGGCAGAAGCGUGCCAGGUUGCUUAAUGAUGAUGAUGGGCAUGUAAAAAAGAAGAUUCGGCUGGGUGCUCCGGCAACACAGUGGAUUUCAGUAUACAAUUCAAGGUCACCUAUGAAACAGAGGUACCACUAUAAUGUGGCUGACACAAGGUUAGCCCAACAUGUGGAGAAAGGAAAUGAGGAUGGUUUGCUGAUAAGUUCAAUAUCAUCAUGCGCAAAUCUUUGGGCAAUCAUUAUGGAUGCAGGAACUGGCUUCACAGCUCAAGUAUAUGAGCUGUCUCCACACUUUCUUCAUAAGGAAUGGAUUAUGGAACAGUGGGAUAAGAGCUUCUACAUCAGUUCUGUUGCUGGCUCCAACAAUGGAAGUUCUCUUGUGGUGAUGUCCAAAGGCACGCCAUAUACACAGCAAUCGUACAAAGUCAGUGAUUCCUUCCCAUUUAAAUGGAUAAACAAAAAGUGGAAGGAAGGUUUUCAUGUGACUUCAAUGGCUACAUCAGGCAGUCGAUGGGCUAUAGUCAUGUCCCGCAGUGCUGGAUUUUCUGAGCAGGUUGUGGAAUUGGACUUUCUGUACCCAAGUGAGGGCAUCCAUAGACGCUGGGACAACGGCUAUCGUAUUACCGCAAUGGCUGCCACAAUGGACCAGUCUGCACUGAUCCUAAGCAAGCCAAGGCGUCGCCCAAGAGACGAGACACAAGAGACUCUGCGGACUACACAGUUUCCUAGCCAACAUGUCAAGGAGAAGUGGGCCAAGAACCUCUACCUUGCUGGGAUAUGCUAUGGGCGAACCGUGGCUUAACAUCGUCGGCUGCUGACCUAGCUGUUUGUUGAUGUAUAUUUGAGUUUUUGUCCUCUGUUACCAGCAUCAGCCGCAGAGCAGUGCCUUAGUCCUUGGAAGAAGAUGAAUUCUGAUGUAUCUGAACCUUAUUGUAGGUCUGGUCUCGUAAGUUAAUCAGGAAAGUCUAGGGGUACAGACGGCAGAAUAGCGUAGCUUCUACCAUCCGUAACGGGCUACUGUGGUCCAAUAAAAUAAGUCUUCAUGUACCUCUUUCAGCGUGCUUUUUUGCAUCA